UCGAUAUUUGCUCGAUCAAAGCAUUAUGAUAUGAUUUAGAUUCCGAUUUAAUUCGGAUUUAACCAAACAAAUGAAUACCUAUUGUUGCAAGUAAAAUCGAAGUAACCAAAUCGUGUCGUAUUAUUCACUAGUAUUGUGUUUUUCGCGCUGCACUCACGGCUUCUAUUUUCCAUUUCCAUGGCUUUCCUCAAAAACCUUCUUUCACAACGCCGUUUCCACCAACUCAUAAACCCCAAAACCCUAACUUCCCUCCACUACAAUUUCACGCUCAGACCCAUCGCAACCUUACCCCAAACCCAACCCCCAAAUUCCCAAACCGAGCAAACCGAAAAACCUCUCAGCACUUUCUUCUCCGAAGUAAUGUCAGGCAAAAUCACAACAAUAGAAGAAAACGGCGAAGGAGACAUCGAGAUGAAGAAAAAACUGAAGCAAUUAACGGAAGAAGUUAGAACCUUGAAGGAGAAAAAAACAAAAGGGGUUCCAAUUUUAACAAAAGAAGUUCCAAAGAAAAUUGAAAAAAAGAGCUUAUUUUCUGCGUUCACCAAUCAACCUCUUCCUGAUGAUGUAAUAAGUACGAAAAAGGAGGUAGAGAAGAAGCAGAAGCCGAGGGAACCUUUUGUUUUUAAGGAGCUUUCGAUUGAUAUGGUGGUGUUUUUGAAGUAUUUAUACGAAAAUGGGUAUUUUAAGGAUGCUAAAUUUGAUAAUGUUCAUGAAAGAUUUGAUCUUGGUUGGUUUGAGAAUCCUUAUGCUUUGGGGUAUGCUAAGUUUGCAGCACAGAAAUUUGCAAGUGAUAAUCGUGAAAUGGCCAAAUGGCUAUCAGGAAGUGCAAUAAAGCAAGUGGCUGUGUUUGGUUGCCCCUCCACCGGCAAGAGUUGUGUCUUCCCUGCGAAAAGACUGCGGAAAUUUUUCGAGGUUCCAGAAAAUACAGUUUGUGGUAAAUGCAUGCUGCGAGAAACAUGCAAGUUUGCGAAUCAAAAUGUGUGGAAGUGUGAUGCUAAUAAAUUGGAUUUGGAGUUAGUUAUGAAGGUUGUGAUUUCAUAUGCUUUACACUUGGUGCAUCCUCAGCUGGUAGUGUCUGAUGAAGUGAACAAGUCAGUAAAUCAUUUACUGAACGAGUUUGUGAAACUGAGUAAAAUCACCUGAAAAACUGCUUCUGGUUAACAGAGAAUACCUUGUACUGUUUGAACUUUUUCUCGCACAUCGUUGGGAAAUUGAGACCGUCGUCAUAUGAGGUGAAUUUCCAGGACUAGAAUUGUUUUUCCACUGCAAACAAUUUUCGGAGAUUCCUUUUCUUGCUACACAAGUCUAAGUUUUUCAAUGAUGCUGCUCGACUCAAAAAGAAUGAAUUUGUCUGGAAGAUCUACGAUAUGAAAUUCUGAUCUGACAACUGAGUGACAAGGUUUUCUUUGGUGGGCAUCCCUGCGAAAAACCGCCUAAGGUGGUUGUAGAAAAAUCUGUCAUGUCAUUCUGCCAUUUAACAACAGAUACACACACAUACGAAUUGGGUUGGUUUUUAGCUCCUCACAGGAUUCCUGUUAAUUCUCCUCUAUAUUACUUAAACUUAAAGUUUUUUAAUUUGGGUUUAGGGUUGCAUGCAUUCAUUGAUAUGAAUUGUCCAAUCAAGAUGGAACUAUAUACUUUCUGUGUUU